GACAAUGUUUCAGGUUAGGCCAAGUCAGACUGAGCUAGAAUGUCGACACACUAUUAGGUCUCACGGGAGGAAACUUGCUGGAGACCACAAGCACGACUGGCUGAUUUUGUUGCUACUCGUGGUCAUAGAGAUCAUUCUGAAUGUCAUCAACCCAUUCUAUAGGUUCGUUGGAGAAGGCAUGAUGGAAGAUCUCAAGUAUCCGAUGAAGGAAAACACUGUCCCCGUUUGGGCAGUUCCUCUGUAUGCAGUUUUGCUGCCUAUGACCGUGUUCUUUCUCUACUACCUUCGGAGAAAUGAUGUGUAUGAUCUUCACCAUAGCGUGCUAGGGCUGCUCUUCUCUGUAUUGAUAACGGGAGUUCUCACUGAUGCCAUAAAAGAUGCAGUUGGCAGGCCCCGACCGGACUUUUUCUGGCGCUGUUUUCCUGAUGGACGUGAUGAGUAUGAUCGUUGGGGCAAUGUGGUGUGCCAUGGAAAACCGGGUGACAUAAAAGAAGGGCACAAGAGUUUCCCGAGCGGUCAUACUUCAUGGUCGUUUGCAGGUCUAGGCUUUCUGGCCUUGUAUAUGUCAGCAAAAAUCAAAUGCUUUGAUCGCAGAGGGCACGUUGCAAAACUGUGCAUCAUCUUCCUCCCUAUCCUCGCUGCUUGUCUUGUUGGGGUUUCUCGUGUGGACGACUACUGGCAUCACUGGCAAGACGUGUUUGCUGGCGGCAUCCUAGGUCUUGUAGUUGCUACCUUUUGCUACCUGCAGUUUUUCCCACCUCCAUACCAGAAUGAAGGAUGGGGUCCUUAUGCUUAUUUCCGCGCUGUGGAGGACCUUCGUUCCAACUCUCUUCCGCCAGAUGUGAUGACCAUGCUAGGAACGAACCAGCAACGAGUAGCAACGAGUGUCGUUGGUUCCAAUCUUGACUCAGUCUUUGAUGCCAUGGAGACAGGAAGAAAGUAACACUACUUGUUCAAGUCUUGUGGCAUUUUAUCAAAUUUCUUUUUAUUUGUUUUACCCUUUCUUUUUGUGUAAAUCAUCUUAACCAAAAGCGUAAUUAUCAUCAACCUGUUAUCGACGGUUUACCUA